AUGCCUGGAAAGCGCCUGGUGAAAAAUGGAGCCCGUGGUUCACAACAGAGUUACAUGAAUAAAGUAAAGUUUGAUCCCUAUCGCUACAAGCUGGACGAUCAGAAGAUCCCAGCAGCUGUGAUAAGCACAAUGACUAGUUUGUGCUGUCGGCGCUGUUGUGACAUUCUUCAGUGGAAAGUGGAUUAUGGAAAGUAUAUCCCCUUGGAACGGUAUCGAAAGUGCAACUGUUGUCAUGAAAAGACUGUUGCCCUUUCGUACCACCACAUCUGUCAGAAGUGCGCCAUGGAGACGGGUCGCUGUGCGAAGUGUCAAAAGCCACCGAUUGUGGGAGUUACAACAACUGAUGCAGAUAAUGGCAAAGAGAAUGAACAUGAGGUAAAUGGACUACGAAAGAGAAAGGAGGAGAGCGAUGAUGAUGAUGAUGAUGAUGAUGAUGAUGAUGAAUGCUAUAAUUAUGAUGUGGAUGGGGAGGAAUAUGUAGCAAAGGAUGAUGCACCGAGCAAGUACGCUUUUGUGGACCAGGAAGAUUCUGACGAAGAGUUUAAACCAUUGCGCGGUUUAGACAUUCGACAAGUAAAGAACAAAAAGGUGGCGGCACAAAGGCAACAGGAAAGUGAUCGCGUAGCUCGUCUGAGAGAGCGCGAACGGCGAACAGUGCUCCGACGUGCAGCACAGGAAUCAAUGGGUGACGCAGAGCCAGAAGAUAGCGAUGAAGAGAUCUGA